CCUUGCGGAUGAGAUCGCUUCAUGUCUGGAGCAGAGACCCCUGCUUUGUGCGGGCGGACCACGCCCCGACCCCGGCGUACCGUGCCGUGCUGUACCGUGCGGUACACACCAGGCUAGGAUAGCGCGGUGCCGCUACAUCCGGUUUACAAACCCUGGGAAGAUGGCGACCACAGGGAGGAGUGCACUAUUAUCCUCCACCUCAACUGGACCUAAGAGCACACUGGAUAACUCCAACCCAGAGGAGGACGAUGGCCAGGACUUAUGGUCCACGAUCCUGAGCGAAGUGUCAACCCAUUCAAGGUCCAAGCUACCGUCGGGGAAGAAUGUCCUGGUCAUGGGUGAGGUGGGUUCGGGGAAGACCACCUUGGUUGCAAAGCUACAGGGGGUUGAAGAGUACAUGAAAGGCCGUGGCCUGGAAUACCUCUACUUCAGUGUCCACGACGAUGACAUUGACGAUCACACUAGGUGUAAUGCUUGGGUAUUAGAUGGAGACCUUUACCACAAAGGUCUGCAAGGAGUAGCUGUACCGGUGGACUCUAUCGACAACACGUUGCUGCUUAUAGUGGUUGACAUGUCGCGGCCGUGGAACGCCCUGGACUCCCUCCAGAAGUGGGCCGCCGUUGCUAGGGAACACAUCGACAAACUUCGAGUCGCCCCGGAAAAGCUGCGGGAGCUGGAGCACAGACUUGUAAAACAGUUCCAAGAGUACACAGAGCCAGGUAGUGGGGAGGACGGCACACCGCAGAGAAGGAGUGAAGACGAGGAGGGCGUGCUGUUGCCGUUAGGAGACAACACACUCACGCACAACCUGGGAAUACCAAUGGUGGUGGUGUGCACUAAGUGUGACGCUAUCAGCACGCUGGAGAAGGAGCACGAUUACAGGGACGAACACCUGGACUUCAUCCAGUCCCACAUCAGACGUUUCUGUCUGCAGUACGGCGCCUCUCUGCUUUACACGUCGGUGAAAGAGAUGAAGAACUUGGACAUAUUGUACAAAUACCUGGUCCACAGACUCUACGGCUUUCCCUUCCACUGCCCAGCGCAAGUGGUGGAAAGAGAUGCCGUUUUCAUUCCAUCAGGUUGGGACAAUGAGAAGAAGAUUGCUAUACUUCACGAGAACUUCCAGACGGUAAAAGCAGAAGACAGCUUUGAGGACGUAAUAGUCAAACCACCAGUCAGAAAGAUUGUACACGAAAAGGAGAUUCAGGCAGAAGAUGACCAAGUGUUUCUGGUAAAACUGCAGUCGCUGCUCGCCAAACAGCCCGCUGUGACAGCAGGGCGACCAGUGGACACCACUAGCAGAGCACCCACAGGCUCCCCCAGGACGAGUAAUCGCUCUGCAGCGGCCAAUGUGGCGAACGCUAUGCCGCAGUCGGGUCAGACCAGCGAGGGUGUGCUGGCCAACUUCUUCAACAGCCUACUGACAAAGAAAGCCGGGACAGGAGGACCUGGCACAUCGGGUGGCGGUAACAACACCCCAGGAACUGUACGGAAGUCAGGUUCGAAGCUGGGCUUGAGCGAGGUCCAGGCGGAGUUGGACCGCAUAUCCAACCGGGAGACUGACUCAGAUUUGUCCAAUGCCAACGACACCCCUGCCACCGACGGCCAGGACACAUGAAGACCAACACGCUUCUCCCCCCCUGCUCUACUUCUCUGCCCCCUCCUCCACCGCCACCACCUCAGUCACCGUCCACCCCCUCCCCACCCCACCCCCCUUCUUCCCUCCACUCUCACCCUCCACUCCAUCGUAAAGACGUGGAGGACAGGGAUGGGUGGACUUACAGUUUGUCCUCCCCGUCGUCGUUCACUUCCUCCUCGAAGAGAAGAACUUGCCCUCUCCUCCCCUCUGCCUCUUCCCGCACCUUGUUCCCACCCACCUCCUCUUUUUCCUCCCGGCUGUUACACCGCGGACAAAUAUUUGUCACUGUUACUUACAAGACUGUCUGUUACAUGAGCGCAUAUGGGUAAGGGGGGGGUGCGAUAGGGGGGAGGGGGGUACGAAGAAGCGAGAGGUGGGUUGAAAAAGAUUGAUUGCAAGGGUGUUUUGUCCAUCCAUUUACUGCGAUGGUACAGUUAGCGUUUUUACUGUAGGAAAUACUGGGGGCGCAUGUUGAACAAGCCGCACUUAGGUAAUGUAGGGAUGAGUGUGUGACUGUGUGUUUCACGUAUGUGGGGGAUGUCACGGCCAGAGGAAGAGAUUGAGAACAAAAAAAAAAAUGCCUGAUACAAAAUUGCAAACUUUUUUUUUGUAAGAUGAAGGGAAAAAUACCAGUAUUUGUAUGUUUGUGUGUGUGUGUGUGUGUGUGUAUGUGUGUGUGUGUGUGUGUGAGAAUUGGCUUGUAUGAAUGAGGCAGAUGGAGCAUAUGAAGGAAUUUCAACCUAGGCCAGUUAGUCGACAGAUUUUUGGCUGUUUGCAUUUCAUCCAAAUGGCAAAAAAAAUGACAUUACUAUGCUCUUACACUACAAACUCUUGAAACAGCGCAGACUUUAUUAUUAAAGCAGCACGUGUCUGCUAGACUACAUAAACCAAACCUAAAAAAAGGAAAAGCAAAAAAAAUAAAUUAAAAAAAAUAAUAAAAAAAUAAAACUUGACAUUAACACACACUAAGGUCCGUCAGUUCUGCAGAUGGCCAGACUGCCCCUUGAGGUACCACAUACAUUUCAAACUUGUAGAUGACAGACAGUGCACUGAAGGAGGGAGGGUGGGUAGUUGGGCUUUACUUGUACAGAAAGAAGCACUAGUGAUUAAGUUCCAUAGUUACUGCUGGCAGGGUGAUGGUUGGGUAAAGGGGGUCAGUACAUGGGGGAGGGGGGCGUCACAUCAAGAAUGUACAGUCAUUGUCUCGCUGAUUGGUCCUGUUAUUUCAGAGCUCUGUGUUGGCGUUUGUAUAAUCAGAUCUGUCAAUCGGUCAAAUAAAAGGUGUAUUUAUUCGGAUUCAUCCA